GGUGCGACACAACUUGCACGUUAAACCUGACGUGUCACAGUGGCCACGUCAGUGCAGCUUCAGGGCUGCGUCAGUGCCACAUCACGGCCGCGGGCAGGACCGCAUAAUAACCAUGCCCAAAGGUAUUACGAAGGCAGUCCGGCCUUCCUUACACCUCAUCCUCCAACUGCUUGGAACCUCCUCAAGAGUAAGUUACUGUAAGUAUGGCGCAACCUAACGGUGAUAAGCUCAAGGAGAUCAUCGUUAUUGGUGCAGGUGUCAUCGGCCUCACCACCGCUUUAAAAAUACAGGCGCAAGGAGCUUACCGUGUCACGAUCGUUUCCGAGACCUUCCCCACAGAUCCAAAGUCAAGCAAGUACACCAGUCAUUGGGCAGGUGCACAACAUGUCAGUGAUACUUGCAAGGAUCAAAGACAACAAAAACUUGAUCGAGAUACCUUCGAUAACCAGGUGGUGCAGCCGAAGGGUUGUUUCUUGCGACACACUCACAUCGAAUAUCACGAAGAAAAUCUCGCUAAUGCCGAAUGGCUUCAUUAUACGCCAGAUUUCAAAUAUCUGGAGAUUAACGAACUCCGUGGUCCAGCAAAGAUGGGCUUCUCAUUCAGCACCGUCAGCAUGAACACUCCGGUCUACCUUAAUUGGCUUCUGUCCUCAUUCCUUGCGAAGAACGGGAUCAUCGUGCGUGCGUCCCUGCAGCACAUCAGUCAGCUUCUCGAGCGAGGAACCAGUCCUUUCACGGGUGCCCAGUUGCAUCGUGACGUUGACGCUCUUGUCGUCUGUGCUGGUAUUGGCGCCCGUACACUGGGAGGCGUUGAAGAUAAGGACGUAUUUCCGAUUCGUGGGCAAACUGUGCUACUCAGAGCUCCCUGGGUCAAAUUCGGGAGGGCCCUGAAUGAGGCUAACGGGACGCGCACCUAUACGAUACCAAGAAGCAAUGGCGAUGUGUUGUGCGGUGGCACAAGAGAGUCCAAUGACUGGUACCCAGUUACUCGUCCGGAAACAACUGAGGAUAUCCUUGUGCGGAUCCUGCAGCUUGCACCGGAGCUUGCACCCCCACAGACACGGAUUGAUCGUGACCCCACUGUCGAAGACCUUCGCCCUAUCAUUAUUGAGACAGGUUGUGGCCUGCGCCCCGGGCGAAAGGGUGGCAUCAGGCUCGAAGUUGAGUGGUUGGACGUGCCCACGCGAGGCAAGGUGCCCGUAGUGCACAACUACGGACAUGCUGGUUAUGGCUUCUUGUCGUCGUGGGGCUCAGCAGACAUGGUCCUGGAUUUGUUAGAAAGUGCCUUCAAGGCGGGAGCUCCAGCGGAUGCGACACCCGCAUCUGGUGCUAAUUGUAUCUGAGAAUCCGUGUUGUAAAUCGUAAAGGAGCAGAUGUAGGUUAGGUAUCACCGGAGUCACAAGGGAAGGAAUGAAUGGAGUUGUAACGAAUGACUAUGUACGUGAGAGAAGCAUGUAAAUAAUAUUGACGAUGUGAAGACGUGUCAUCUUCUUUGUAGCUGAUACAAGUCCAUGAAGCAAUUCAUCAUCAUAUCGCGAAUGAAUAGUUGACUAAGUCUUAUACAAGGCAAUGAC